AAAAAAAAAAAAAACACAGAGCAUCCAAAGAGAGAGAAAAAAACAGUCUCACUUAAGUCAAACUUUUGAGAGGAAAAAAAAAAAGAAAAAAGAAAAACAUUUCAGAAACUCCAAAGACUCCAUUUUUAAAGCCAAAAGAAAAAUCUAAAGUGCUUAGUAGAGUUUUGCUUGUUGGGAUCAAAGGGUCUGCAAAAUGUGAGAGAAUCUGCAGCUUCAAAGCUAGUGAACCGGCAUAGCACGUAUAUAAUUAUCAGACAUGGCUUCAACUGGUAUGGCCGCCACUUCAGCGGUUGGAAAGCCUACAGGUAAUACUACAUUAGUCGACAAACUCCCAGAGGAGAUCAAUGAAAUGAAGAUUAAGGAUGAGAAAGUUGAAAAGGAAAUGGAAGCAACAGUGGUAGAUGGAAAUGGAACUGAAACAGGACAUAUUAUAGUUACUACUAUUGGUGGUAGAAAUGGUGAACCCAAGCAGACCAUAAGUUAUAUGGCUGAGCGUGUUGUUGGUCAGGGAUCUUUUGGAAUUGUAUUUCAGGCUAAGUGUCUAGAAAGUGGAGAAACUGUAGCAAUCAAGAAGGUUUUACAGGACAAGAGAUAUAAAAACCGCGAGUUGCAAACAAUGCGCCUACUUGAUCAUCCCAAUGUUGUGUCACUCAAGCACUGUUUCUUUUCAACGACUGAUAAGGAUGAGCUCUAUCUUAAUUUGGUGCUUGAAUAUGUUCCUGAGACUGUAUAUCGUGUAGCAAAGCACUAUAGUAGAGCAAAUCAGCGAAUGCCACUAAUAUAUGUCAAACUCUACACAUACCAGAUUUGUAGAGCUUUGGCAUAUAUCCAUGGGGGUGUAGGUGUAUGCCACAGGGAUAUUAAACCGCAGAAUCUUCUGGUUAAUCCCCAUACUCAUCAGGUCAAGCUUUGUGAUUUUGGAAGUGCAAAAGUUCUGGUCAAAGGCGAGCCAAAUAUAUCAUAUAUCUGUUCUCGUUACUAUCGAGCACCUGAACUCAUAUUUGGGGCAACAGAGUACACAACUGCAAUUGACAUAUGGUCUGUUGGUUGUGUCCUUGCUGAAUUGCUUCUUGGACAGCCUCUCUUUCCAGGUGAGAGUGGAGUUGACCAGCUUGUUGAGAUUAUUAAGGUACUUGGGACUCCAACUCGAGAGGAGAUAAAAUGCAUGAAUCCAAACUAUACAGAGUUCAAAUUCCCUCAAAUCAAGGCUCAUCCUUGGCAUAAAAUAUUCCACAAGCGCAUGCCUCCAGAAGCGGUUGAUCUCGUCUCAAGACUUCUCCAAUAUUCUCCAAAUCUGAGGUGCACUGCAUUAGAGGCCUGUAUCCAUCCAUUUUUUGAUGAACUUCGCGAUCCUAAUGCUCACCUUCCUAAUGGGCGCCCCUUGCCUCCACUGUUCAACUUUAAACCUCAAGAGCUGAAAGGAGUGAGUUUGGAGCUUCUGGCCAAGCUAAUACCAGAACAUGCUCGAAAGCAAUGCCCCUUCCUUGGCUUCUAAAUCGAAAGACCUAUCUUCAGGGGCAAAGGAAUUGUGUUACUGUACCUUAUUUAUCUUCCAAGUUAUCUAAAUGACUAGCCUGUUUCUUCCCUUGAAUUUCAACCAGACAGCGUGGACUUUAGAGGCUGCUGUAUUUUGCUUUGGCUAUGCAAACAUUAUGUUGUUAGGGCUCUUAAAUUGCAGCAAAUGGUUGGAAUCUGUAAUUGUGUUUUGCAAGUAUCAUAUCUGUAGUAUUUUCAUCUAAUGUACAUUUGACAUACACCUGCC